AAGGGAACUGACUUUAGGCUCGUUUAGGUCCAGGUGACAUAAUACAUGUUGACCUGUGUCUGCCAGUCAGACCGUCGAUCUAUAAGUUGAUCUAUACAGACUCGAAUAGACUUAGUUCAUACGAGGAUAGGGUCGGACUGAUACUCCUCAUACAUCAGAACGAUAUUAUUGACAUCGGUUGAUGCCUGAACUAUUAUCAAUGUAGUGUAAUGUUUGGUGUAUGAUGUAGGCGUGGCUUAAUGUCAACAAUGUAACGACUGUGUGAAGUUUUAUUAAACACUCGACACAAAAAGGUCAUUGUGUGAUAUUGUAUUGAUGUAUCUACUACUAUCUAGACUUGCGAUCAGAACAGAGUUACGUGGGAUUUCGUUGACUAAGCCGUUAAAAUAGCAAUUGUUAUUUUAGCUUCAGGAGAAAUCUGCAGAAUUAGCUUUAGGAGAAAUCGACAGAAUUAGCCGAAUGAGUAAUUUGAGGUUUUUUAUUGAUUGUUUGUGAUUGGUUAUGAUAAAUUAUUUGUGGUUUAUUAUUUAAUUCGAAAUGAUCAAUCUCAGGCUGCAGAGAAAUAACUCAUUCAGUGAAUUGUAUUUAGCUGGCGAGAAGCGUUACUAGAAGCAUUAAAGUUAUGAGAACGAAAGCAUACAACUUUGGAGAACGAAAGCAUGCAAGUUAAAUGAACAGACAGACCCGUUCAAGUUUAGUGAUUUUAAGUUUUGUUGUAAUUAAAUCAUUUAAUUAAUGGUACAUUGUAUUUAGUUUAUGUGAACAACUACUGGUAGAUGCAAUCAAGUUUAGUGAAUUUGCUCAUUUCAUUAAUGGUAUUUAGUUUGUAAAAGUGAACAUUUAGAUGCAAUCAAGUUUAGUGAAUUUGAAAUUUUCUUCCAUCUAACUCCUUUAAUUAUUGAUAUUUUGUUUGUGAUGGACUGUUAAAUAAAGUUACAUCCAAGUUAAGUGAAUUUGAAAUUUGUCUUGAAAUUGAUGGAACUGUGAAUCGUGGUGUUUAGGUCCGUGUUUUACGAUGGAUAUUAACAAUACAAAUCUGAUAUUUCACGAUGGUAAAGUUGUAAACAUCAAUAAUCAUAACACCAUGCAUCGGCAUAAAUUCUCAGAUGCCGUACGCCAACAGAACACAGUGGCUUUAACAGCUAUACAGUCCCUGGACUCUCUCAAUGAUCAGAUCGUACAAUAUAUAUUCUCCCAGAGCCAUGUGGAUAUUGACCUGGAGAAAGACCUAUCACCACGAGAACAAGAGACUCUCCAAUCGUCCAUGGUGUUGAUUCGUCGACUUCUUGUCGAUGCUCAAGCCAAAUUCCGUAAAAUGGUUGAAGACAAUAAACAACUAGCGGCCAGGAUUGAUGGUUCCAUUCAGGCAGCCAAUCAGGAAGUGAAUGCAUUGAGAGCAGAACUAGCAGAUACAAAUAAAAGACUUUCGGAAAUCAGUGUAAAUGAUGAUAAAAAUGAAAAUGAUUCAGAAUCUGAUUUAAAGAUUGAAAUCAUCCCUUCAAAUAAAUCACAAGAAGAUUUGGAGCUUGUGAAAGUGAAAGAAGAUAAUAUGUGUCUAGAAAACGAAGUUAAAAGUUUGAAAAAAGAACUUGAGGAACUUCGUUCAAAUAAAAAACCUACGAACAAUGUGCACCAUAGUAACGGUGAAUUAAAACUUGAACUCAUUCAAAUGAAACAGGAAUUUAAUCGUGCUAAAGAAGCGUUACAAGCUAUGAAAGCCGACAGAAAAAGAUUAAAAGGUGAAAAGUUGGAACUGUUAAAACAGAUAAAACAACUUUACGAUACCCUGGAGGAGAAAGAAUCUGAACUACGUGAUUUUAUACGAAACUAUGAACAAAGAGUACAAGAAAGUGAUGAUACUAUUAAACAGCUGGUUUUAGAGAAGGAAGAAUCUGAACGAGAGAAAUGGGAGAUAAUCAAGAAAGCUAGAGAAUCGGCUGAAAGGGUGGUACUUCUACGAGCACAGCUUGAUUCUAAAGAUCAACAGAUCAAACAACUUGAGGCAGACAUUGUUGAGAUUAAGGAAAGUACAGUAGCCAGUGUUAAUAAAUCAGUGAAUUUAUCUGAUACAACAACUACGUUAGAUAGUAUUACCGUGGCAACUAAUAUAACAAAUGAUGAUUUACCACCAUAUGAAUCACCUCCACCUUCAACUAAUAAAAACUUUACAGUUUCAACAAGUACGCCGAACACAGACCGUAAAGAUUCGCUAACACCGUUAAUGAAAUGGUUUAAUACAAGUCAUGACUAUCAUGAAGCAGAUGUUAAAAAUAAAAAGAAGCGGAAAAGCUUUGGUUCUUUAUCACGAGUUUUUACUCGUGGUCGUACAAGGCGGUCUAUAGCUAUGACUAACAAUGAAAGCUUAGAUCCUGAAGAUUCUGGUCCGUGUCCCAAGUUAACUUUAUUAAGUCAGGAGAAUUACCAGGAAAAAUUACAAAUAUUGGAACAGGUUAAGGGUGUACAUAUGUCCAAUUGGAAAGCUAAUCAUGUUUUAGCUUGGUUAGAAACAUCUCUUAGUAUGCCCAUGUACGGUAAAAUGUGUGCAGAAAAUAUUAAAAGUGGCAAGGUGUUACUUGGUUUGAGUGAUUCCGAGUUAAACAACGCCUUGAAUGUUGUAAAUAUUUUACACAGACGCAAGUUACGUCUGGCUAUUGACGAACAGAGAGAUCCAGUUGAAGUGAAAUUUCCUAAGGCUGAUUCAGUAGAUCAUACGUGGGUUUCUCACCGAUGGCUGCCUGACCUGGGCUUACCACAAUAUACAGCCAUAUUUGAAUCACAUCUAGUCGAUGGUCGGACACUCAACACGCUAAAUAAAAAGGAUUUAGAGAAAUAUUUUGAUAUGCAUCGUAAAUGUCAUCAAGCGAGUAUUCUUCAUGGUGUGGAAUUGUUGAGACGUCUGGGUUAUGAUAGAGAGGUUUUAGCAGAACGAAGAACAGCUUGUGAAGAGGCAGCAGCAGAUCCUUUAGUUUGGUCCAAUAAAAGAAUCAUAAGCUGGAUCAAAUCUAUAGAUUUAGGGGAAUAUGCUGAUAAUUUAAAAGAGAGUGGUAUCCAUGGUGCUUUAAUGGUUUUAGAGCCUUCAUUUACAUCAGACACCCUAGCAACAGCACUGGGCAUUCCACCCGCUAAAUCAUUUAUCCGUCGUCAUCUCAAUACUGAACUGGAUUCUUUAAUAAAACCAGCAAGAGCGGCUCUUGACACACCAAAUAAUAACUCGAAGAAGUCGGACAACGGAUCGGCUAAUAAAUCUUUUAAUAGAUCUUUUCGAAGCAGUUCAACUUCAGAUGACGCGUCACGGGGACGCUUGAGUUUUCGGGGUUCGUUAAGUAGAGCGUUUGGCAAAAAGUUUAAAGACGAUCUCAAAUUAGCUUUUGAUGACACACCAAAACGUAAAAUAUCGUCACCUAUUCAAAUUCAGCAUAAUUCAUUAGAUUCUGUGGCUGAACCGGAUUCUACGCCAGUAUAGGUUAGUUGUUAACAAAUCUCUACAAGAAAUUGUAAACAACAAACUACUCGUCGAGGCAGUCCAUCGAAAUAAACCGAAUUCAAAUAAUGAUUACGGACAGUGGAGUCUCUUUUCUUAGUCCCGUGAAUUGAAUAUCGAAGGUUGAAUGUUUGAAGUGUAGUAAAAUAGGAUUAUUGCCAGUUUCGUUACGAAUAUGAUGGUUGUACAGUUGUGUUCAUGUGAAAGGUGACGUCUACUUGGUGAGGAUAUGGUGGGGGGGAAUCCCCUUUAAUGAGUCAAAGAUGGUUGAAUUUGAUAGUAGAAAUAAUAUAACCUGCUCUUAACAUGAAGAAAGGUAAUCCAUAUUACCUGUGGAUUAUUACCUUUUUUUGUCUCCAUAAUUUAACAUCGAGAUCAGAUCUUAACAUGGAUUACUGUACUUUUAGUAAAGGGUUAAUUCAGCGCGGAAAUUAUUAUAAUGAACGGUGAAUGGCUUUGAAUACCUGUCGAUUACCUGUAGCUGGAAUUAUUCUGGUGCUGUCAAUUACAACUGACGCAAGCAUUGAAAAUUGUUUAAAAAGUGAUGUGACUCAGAAUAAAACCUGACGCUAUUAUAUGGAAUGCAAGUCAGUGUGGUUGUUUGUUUUUGCUUGUCAAAGAUGAGAGAGCACUCUCCUCAAAACAUCGCUAAAAUAACAACCAAUUGAUGAGUGUAUUCCGUAUCUGAUAGUCAUUGGGGGUACUCGAUUGAAUGUUCCAGAAUUGAACUCUCUCAAUCCCAAAAAUAGUGACAAUCGAGUGAAAAGGUGGAUUUCGGGCUACAACGCAUGCGUCGACUGAAUAAGUAAAUAUCUCGACCAAACAUGCAGCCGAAACCGUUUAAUUACGUGACGAUUCUACUCACACCACUGUGACAGAACCGAAUUCGCGUUACGCGAUUGCAAUUCUGUCAAUUUUGGACUUUCUGGACUGUGAAUCGAGCAUCCCCAUUAAGUCAUGGUUUAUGAUAUUACAUGUACAACAUCUGUGUAUUACAUAGUAUAUUCAACGUUUGUUAUUUAGAGUGUGACGUUUACUCAGAUCUAUAUAUAGAACGAGAGAAAGAAUGUGUGUGGAUUAUUAGAAACUAUUUUAUAUCAAAUAUCAGAUUAAAGAAACAAAUUCACAGUAUUCAUUCUACAUUCAGGGUUUAUGUAAACAUUACCUGUCACAGAUGUGGUCUAAGGGGAGAUAAUAGGUAAAUUAUGGAUUAUCUCCCUUGGUUUUAGAACUUUCAAAAUUCAACCACACUUUUCAUUCUUCAGGAUUCAUGUGAUCAUUACCUAUCAAACAAUUUUUAUAUAUAUAUAUAAAAUUAAUUCUAGAAAUUUAUUUCUUUUUUUUAAACUGUUAGUUCUAGAAAUAUUUUUCUUUUUUCAUUUAAACUGUUAAUUUUUCAUUCAAAUUUUUUAAUUCUAAGAAAGAUUUUUUUUCAUUUAAACUGUUAAUUCUCUGAGAAAGAUUUUUUUUUCAUUCAAACUGUUAAUUCUAGAAAGAUCUUACCUGUCUCUCCUUCAUCAAUAUUACAUUAUUUCAUAUCUAAUAAGUCAUCUAUUGGUAUUUAAAUAUUCAUGAUUAUAUCUGUGCCUUUUAUUUCAUACAAACCCAUCUGAUUAAAGUACAGAUCUAUAUUUCAUUUUGUUUUCUUUAUACUUUCGAUGGCCUACACUACAUAAAGAUCUGACAAGUUGUAUGCAAAGUUAGUGUCAGGUGUGUUACAAGCGGCUUUUGACCCUAUGACGUCAGAUAUUGGCGUUUCUAGUGGUUUACCCACAGAUCCGUGCAUGGCACGCCAAGAAGUCGCCGUAACAGACUUUCAUUGGCUUAUCUCUUACUUCAAUAUAACAACUCUUUCAGAUCUUAGUGUAGUAAAGACAAGUAAAAUGAACGGUAAAAAACGUAACGAAACAAGAUCUGUUUUUUAAUCCGAUUGAAUAUAAACUAAGGAUGUUGAAUUAUAUUUUUGCCGUUCACUGAUGGGGAAACUGUUUGCAGAAUUUACUGGUAGAUGUAUUACGAAUGGUCAGAUAUAAGUUAUGACUCGUUCAUCAUCAAAGAACAUAUAUUUCAUUGUUCAAUUACCAAUUAGGCUUAGCACUUAAUUACAGCAUAUUUCAUUUGUCAGAUAUCAUUUUUAUAUCAAACACACACAUCUCCAAUUAAGCAUGCUAGAAAUUUAGCAAUCUGAUAAAAACAUUUAUAGUUCUAAUUUCGUUAUACUCUUCAUACAAUAAGAUCUGAAAGAAUUGUCAAAUAACCUACUUUCCGAUGGAUGUGAGAGAUUAGCCAAUCAUAUAGUCUGUUGAGAAAAUUUCUUGUCGUCUACCAUGUGGAAUUAUGGGUAGACAUUCACAGCGAUAGAAAACAAAUCAAAACAGAAGUUGUAUUUCGGAAAAAAACACAAAUAAAAAAUCAACGCUGAUUCGUUAACCAAUGACUGACGUCGUAGGAUCAAAAUCCGCACGUAUGAUCCCCUAACGUGACCUUCUAGUACAACCGGUCAGAUCUUCAUGUAGUAGAGGCCAUCGAAAGUAUAAAAUAACGAAACAAAAUAUAGAUCUGUAUUUUAAAUCAGAUUGAAAAUUUAGUUUUUAAUAAUGAUUAUAGAUUGAUAGAUGCUUUGUGCAAUAAUUAUGUUGCCUUUUAUAUGUAAAUGUAGGCCUACAUGUAAAUAUAGGCCUACAUGUAAAUAUAGGCCUACACAUGUAAAUACUACAGCAUGUAAUUUAUUCUUGUAUUUAAACCCCCCGCCACGCUCUGCUUAACACAACAGUACAAUCUAUCUAUCUAUGCACGUCAUAACUGCUCGACUUAAAAAAUUGACCGAAAUUUUUUCGGAAACCAUCAGUCGAUUUACACACCAUAAAACUAGCAUAUUUUUCAAAACCCUAGUUUCAGACAUGGCUACGAUCGACCUUUGGACGGCAUAACUAUAAUGUCAACGGGCUGUAUAGAUUAGCGCGCACGUAUAAAAGCGCACAGCCGUGUACGUAUAAAAGCCACGUCACGGCUCAUGAUUGCACACACAGAAUUGUGAUAUAAUACAAACGAACCAAUCGUUACAAAAACUCUUAAGUGUCCCAAUUAAUUUUUAUCAAACUUUUACGUAUUACUACACCUGUUUAUAAGAUUUUAAAAUAAAUUUGACCAGCUCCAUAUUUUUAAUUUUUGAUAAACCACAAUGAAUUGCCAAUUUUACACGGACCACAAUUUGAAUCGGGUAGCGAGUAAAAGGAGCUUUAAAGAUUUUUUAAUGAGUGAUGAUGAAAGGAUACGAAUUUGAUCUAGGAUAGAAUAUUAAACCCCGGCUAAAUCUAUUUGUCAAGGCCAGCUCAAUUUUUAUCAAGGUCUCUGAUAUGUAAAUAAAGUUAGUGCACAUGAUUGUUGGCGAGAUUGUAGGUUAGGUUUAGAGUAAGGAUUAGGGCAGGGUCCAGGGAUUGGCACUAGCCCUGUUUACUUCUGUGACCUAUGACGAAAAAUUGAGCUGGCCUUAUAAUUUAACACUGACCAGUAUCUCAUAGUUCCUUUAAAUCUAGUCGUUAUACACUCGAAUUAAAUCAAUUUAUCACCUGUCAUCACUCACAGAUCGUUUAUAUUUAUAUAGUUUUAAAAUAGCAAGGUGUUUUUUUUUAAUUGUGAAAUAUGUAAAUGUAUUGUCAUAUAUUAUAAUUUAUUGUGUAUUAUUCAAUGUUAAUUGUGAUAUAAACAAAAAACAAAACUAAAUUUUGUAGAAUUAUUAACAUUAUAUUUUAGCAGAAGUUGUAAAUAUAUUUUAUCAGAUUUUGAAUAGAUUUCUUCAUUUUUACCAAUUUGAUAUAAAAUUUUAAUUUCUCUUAGUUGUGAAUGUUUAUAAUUAUUAUUAUUAUUUUAAAGGCAGCAAGCAUUUAACGUAAGGAUAUUCAAAACGCUAAAAAACACAUGCCUGUCAUUUACACAAAUUUAAACGCUUCUUUUAAGAAAUGUGCGAAACUUUAAAAUAGAAAUUAUUUUUAAAACCAUUCUUCAGCGUUAUUUUUUUAACUGGUAUGAUCAAAUCUACUUCCUAUCUAAUUUGAUCCUUCAACAUUAAUUAUUUAACUGGUAUGAUCAUACCUACUGCCUUUCUAAAUUUUUUCUUCAACAUUACCCAAUGGCAUAUCUGCUCCAUUGACGUUACCUGUCUAAAUUAAUCCUUCAACUUUAAUUAUUAAACUGGUAUAAUCAAGCCUACUUCCUGUCUAAAUUGAUCCUUCAACUUUUAAUUAUUAUUAAACUGAUAUGAAUGAAGAAAUUAGCCAGAAAGUCCUAUUUUAUUCUGAUCUAUAUUAUAUAUCGUGUUGUUGAUGGUAAAAGUUUUACCCUUGUUUUUAUUUCUGUUAAAUAUGUUCUAAUUGUGAUCGUGUCAAUCUGUAUAUAAACCUAUUUGUAUAUGUUGAACCAAAAUAUCUUAUUCCACAGAAUAAAUUUUUUUAUUAAAUGUAUUUAAACAAC